AAAUAUAUCCCUAUUUUGAUUGAAAAGCCCAUCAAGAAAAGGACUGGAACAAUAACAAUGGUGAAAAUCGCACUUCAAAUUAAAGCCACACUAGAAUCUAUAGAAAAAUUAUAUACGAACCAUCCACACUAUCAAUGGUUCUUAAAAUUAAAAUGCGGCAGUUGCGGUGAAGUGUCCGAGAAGUUUCAUGAUCUCACUGAAGCCGAUAAAGUUCCGCAGAAGCACAACCGGUCUGAAACUAAUUUGCUAAUAAAAUGUAAGCUUUGCUCGAGGGAAAACAGCAUCGAUGUAAUUGAGGGCAGCAAUGGGAAAUUCACAAGUGACGAUGGAAACAAAUUUAAGACCAUAGUGACGUUUGACUGUAGAGGUGUAGAACCUGUCGACUUUGAACCAAAAUCAGGAUGGAUUGCCGAAGCUGAGAAUAAUGGGAAGAAAUUUGAGGAUGUGGACUUAACUGAGAAAGAGUGGGUGGACUACGAUGAGAAGAACCAGGCAUCGGUUGGUGUUUACGAACUAGAGUGGCAGUUCAUUAAAGUCAAAUGAUUUGUUGAAUGUUCAAUGUUAGAUUAAGUUAUGUUUAAAUUUUUAUUAAAUAGUUGUCUUUUUUUUCUAAAA